ACGCGACGAGCUGAAGAACAAAUUGAAGGAAGUGGGUAGCGUGAUUCCAAAAAUGUCAGAAGCUAUUAUCAGAUUGCGAAACGAAGUGUCCGAGGGUAAGGAAAAUGGAGAUUAUAAAUGUUGACCGGAUACUGCGGCCGCGCGGCGCAGUGGCAUUUCUUUGAUGCCCGAUAUAUCAGUUAGAUAAGUAGAGCGAUAUGCCGUACAUCGGAGUGAGCUUCCGCUUACAGCAAAAGCACGAAAGCCUUUCCCUUUGUAUCAAUUACGUGCGCACGUACAAUUAUUUGGUAUAUUUUUAUUCUCAUCCUCUAUUUAGCAAUCCUUUUGUCGACUUUGUUGGCUCUUUUAAUAUUUACUGCAGAUUUAUAAAUAAAAUAGAAAUGAUCCUUCAUACGAGGAACUUGCUGAAGGCUUUAUCGUCGGAGACUGUUAAAAAUAUGGUGAAGAGCGAAUUAGAGACGUAUGACGCCGACAAGACUGGAAGAACGGACUAUGCUCUUGAGAAUUCAGGAGGUGAGAUUCUUUCAACGCGAGACACCGAACUCUAUUCAACUGGCGCAUCCGUACUCAACUUUUUCGGCACGCCGCGCUGUCAACAGCAAAACACACCUCGAGCCGUGAUACAGACCGGUGUUUUGCCGGGUGAAUGUUGGGCCUUCAAGGGUAGCAGUGGUAGCAUCGUGAUACGAUUACUCGGCUAUGUGCACGUGUCUGGAAUCAGCCUCGAACAUAUCUCCUCGUUAAUAUCCCCGACUGGUGAGACCGACACAGCACCUAGAGACUUCUCCGUUUGGAAUCGAGCGAUACAGCCGUACGAGAUAAUCGAGAUGAAAGUCCAUUCGAACAGUGGUAAUCCGGAGUACACGUGUAUCUAUAGAAUACGAGUGCACGGCACGCUUGCUCAAGCGCAACUGUAAAUAAAGUUGUGCAAGUGCACAACAGGGGCUCCUCACCCGUCACGUGGUUUGCAGAUUCUCGUAAAACAAAUAUCAAACGUGCAGAAUCAGCAUCGCCGAAAGGUCAGCGUCACCGUCACCGUCACCGUAAUAUCGAUCAAUGUCACGCGAAUGUAAAUCAGGACGGUAGGUCUGUUGAAUAAAGACAAGCCGACUCAUCGUAAUCGUCGCUCGAUUUUAUUACAUUUGUACAUAUUUAGUUCUUUCUUCUAACUCCAUUUUAUCCCGAACAUCCACUCACGCAUUCUCCGUUACACACGUACCACCACUGCACUCCAUCGUGCGCCCCGGCUUCGUAAUCUCCGGGCCGAGGCCGAAAGUUUUGCGUCACUAAUGGACGCAUCGUACAUGCACGCAGAAACAUCAG